CCAUGUCCCGGAGAAGCCAGCGCCUUGGCACCGUCCAUUAUUAUCGAAGCGACGAUGUUGAUGAUGGCAGUAGCAGCAGUGGAGGGGGUUCACUGCUUAGUAGCCAUCAGGCCCUGUUCAAAGACAGUUCCAACAGCCGGAGCCUACGAAGGAAGUCAAGCAGCAUAAAGCGACCCUCUCCGGCCCCUAGCCUGGGCUCCAACUCUGGUGCGCACACCGCCUACUACAGUGAGUCUGUGAUGAGCGAGUCCUACCUGGGUGACGGCAGAGGGCUUUCUGCCCGGGCCAGUUCUGCCUUGGAUGAUCCACCGAGCAGCAGUUCUUACUGGAGCGAGGAAAUCUCAACUAGGAAAAGAAGAGGCACUGGAGGUACAGAGUCCAGUAAAAUCAACGGGCUGGCAGAAAGGAAGACCUAUGACACCUAUGCUUCUUCAUCGGGCUACUCCUCUGAGGAUGACUAUGCAGGUUAUACUUCUUCGGAUCAGAAUGCCUCUGGUUCAGUGUUCAGGAAUGCAGUCUCCAAAGCAGGCUCUUUUCUGUGGCUGGUGCUUACAUCACCAGGUCGAUUAUUUGGACUGUUAUACUGGUGGAUUGGGACCACGUGGUACCGCCUGACGACCAUGGCCUCACUCCUGGAUGUCUUUGUCUUAACAAGGAGCUUUCCGGUCUUGAAGAAGCUUCUCUUGCUGCUCCUUUUGCUGUUGCUAUUGACUGCUGUUGGUUAUGGUGCUUGGUAUUUUUAUCCUUUUGGGCUUCAUCCUUCUAUGUUUCUUUGGGGAGCUGCAAAAUUGUCCCCCCCUGUUACCAAGAAGGCGUACGAAGCUGGAGAUUUGAUGGCAGUCUAUGAGGCACAGCAGCGGGUUUUAUCUCGGCUUCAAUCCCUGGAGAAGCGUUUUGAAACUCUGGAGGAUGCCGUGUCAGUGCUGGAACUGCAAAAGGGAGCAGCUUCAACAGGAGCAGCUUUGCCGCAAGAUGAGGUCUUGGGGCUUCUGGAUGGGCUGGUGAAAAGGCGAGAAACGGCCAUGAGAGAGGAUUUCCACAAAGAGAUGGAUCUUCAUCUCCAGAGUAAGUUGGAUCCUUUCCAGUCCCGGGUGCAGAAAGAUUUUGACAGUCUCUUGGAGAAAGUCUCUCAGGCUUCCCAGAAUUCAGAGGCUCGGAUGGUCCAAAUGACUUCACAGUGGCAAAGCUCUACACAACAAAGCCUGAUGGAUGACUUCCAAAAGGACAUGGGUAUGCUGGAGGCACAACUGGCAGGCCUGAAGAAUGAAUUUGUGACCUUGGCCGCAGAUCAGAAGAUCUUGGCAAAACAUGUGGAGUCUGUUCCAGGACAGAUCAAGAGAGUGCAAGAGGAUGUGGAAAUCCAGUUCCCCAGGUGGCUUAGUCAAUUCUUGGCCCAAUCUAGGCAGGAUGGAGGGACCAGCAUGUUCCUGCAGCAUGAGGAGCUACAGGAACAGCUCCGCAAACUAGAGCACAAGAUCCUGGCCAAAGUCUCUGAGGACCAACGAUUGUCUGCACGGGACAUUGGGGUAGCGCUCCAAAUGGAAGGAGUCACAGGAGUAACACCAGAGCAAGUGCACCACAUCGUGAACCAGGCCCUGAAACGCUACAGCGAGGAUCGCAUUGGAAUGGUUGAUUAUGCCCUUGAAUCUGGAGGGGCCAGCGUUAUCAGCACUCGGUGCUCAGAAACCUACGAGACCAAAACAGCACUGCUGAGUCUAUUUGGGAUCCCCCUGUGGUACCACUCUCAGUCUCCACGGGUCAUUCUGCAGCCAGACGUCCACCCGGGGAACUGCUGGGCAUUCCAAGGCUCCCAAGGCUUUGCCGUCAUCCGCCUUUCAAGCACGAUCCAUCCCACUGCCGUGACGCUGGAACAUAUCCCCAGAUCCCUCUCGCCCAAAGGAACCAUCCCCAGUGCCCCCAAGGACUUUGCAGUCUUAGGUUUAAAUGAAGAAGGGCAGCAAGAGGGCGUUCACCUUGGGAAAUUCACAUACGACCAGGAUGGGAAUCCCAUCCAAACAUUCCCUUUGCAGGAUGAAGACAAGAGUGCAGCUUUCCAGCUGGUUGAACUGAGAGUUCUUAGUAACUGGGGCCACCCGGAGUAUACCUGCAUCUAUCGUUUCCGGGUACACGGAGAUCCAGUCUCUUAACCCCUCCCCGGAUCCACACCCGUGCUAGCUGGCUACCUCAAGUUCUUCACCUCAAGAGUGACAACGGCAGUGCCAGAAAA